AUGCCGGAUCUGUCACAGCGCGGAAGGAGAAAUGUUCAGCCCCUGCCUGUGCAGGGGGAGCGGCCGUGUGAACUGUGCAAGUUCCGGUACAGGGUCACCUACGCCACCUGGGCGAAGCUGUUGAACAACGGCAUCAUUCAGGCAGGUUUGCAUCACCUUAGCGAUCGUGGGCUCCUCGAUCUUUGCGGCGAGUCCCUGGACUCGUUCAGGUUCGUCAUCGUAAUGUUCGGGCACGACCUGGGCUACUUGUUCGGGGGAGUGAUCAUGGCCAAGACAUUCGUUAUCAUCUUCCAGUUGUUCAAGCAGGACAGGCCGGAAGUUCAGAACAUGGUUGGUUUCCUAGCCUUCAUCGUCUUCCUUGUGCAGAGCAGAGUUUUCUCCCCUGGCACGGACGGCAGCGAUAGAAAGGAGAUGGCGGAGGGAAACAGCGAUAUCAUGAAAGAGUUCAAGCUCCUACAGCAUUAUGCACCUCACUACUUCCUCGUCGUCUACGCUGCCACCACUACCAAGUGGUACUUCUCGAUUGUACAAGAGCUGGCAGCAAGAGCAAUGAGGACGGCGACAGUGGUGGAGGAAUAUCGCAAGGAGUAG